UGUGAGCGAAGAAAAUCGUCGCUUGUUCCGUCGUUUUCCCGAUCGCUUCCCCGCCGCCACCAACCUACCUACCCGCCUACGUAUCUACCAACCCCCGCGAUAGGCCUUCUGGUUUCUGUCUCGACACCAGCCUGCCUAGUUCAAGCAAUCGUGUGUGCUUGUGUGAGUGAGUGUGUGUGUAUCUUGUGUUAGCACCGCUGCGGUUGCCCUGUGUAAGUGUGUCGUGUGUGUGUGUGUGUGCGAGCGCGUCAAGUGUGUGCGUGUGUGUGUGCAUGUGCUGCGUCCGGUGCAGUAAUUUUGCAAGCGAGAUCGAAACGAUGCGCUGAAGAUAUUAUCGGCAUGAGAUGGAAGCAGCCGCCAUUCGUUCAAUGCAGCAGGUCGGGCCAACCGGACAGCGGACCGAUUCAGGCCCUUCGCCUCAACCGCCGCCGCCCGGAAUGUAUCAGCAGCGCGUCCAAACUGCGACCGCUGCUCAAAUUCAUCGAUCGGCUGAUACGACGCAGAGUUAUAGCAAGGGUGGCCCAUCGCCGUCGCAGUCAGUACCUCGAUCAGCGGCAAGCCCAUUGUCACCACCAAGGCCUGGCCCGGGAGCUGCGGGAGCCGCGAAUUAUCCAUCAUUUGGAGGUGCUCCGGCGAGAGAGGCGCCCUUGCGAUAUGUGCAAAACAACUCGUACGUUCCCACCUUCAUACGGGAUGCGAGUCCGUUCACACGCGUCUCUCAGGUGCAGCAGGUUGUCGCUGAGUACCGGCAGGUGGUUCCUUCCUCGGUUAUUGGUGCGGCGAACGUAGUCCCCAAUAGCAUAGUUCCCCCUUCCAUCAGCAUUGUCAACAACAUGGAUGUAGUCCCGCUGCAUUCAACACCGCACCACAUCCAGCAGCAGCAGCAACAACAGCAGCAGCAACAGCAACAGCAGCAACAGCAGCAACAACAGCAACAACAACAACAACAACAACCACAACAACAGCAGCAGCAGCAGCAGCCGACGCAGCAGCAGCAGCCGCAUCAGCAGCAGCAACAGCAGCAGCCGCAGCAGCAGCAGCAGCAGCAGCAGCAGCAGCAGCAGCAGCCGCAGCCAGCAGCAGCAGCAGCAGCAGCCGCAGCAGCAGCAGCAGCAGCCGCAGCAACAGCAGCAGCAGCAGCGCCGCAGCAGCAACAGCAGCAACAGCAGCAGCAGCAGCCGCAGCAGCAACAGCAGCAACAGCAACAGCAGCAGCAGCCGCAGCCGCAGCCGCAGCAACAGCAACAGCAACAGCAACAGCAACAGCAACAGCAACAGCAGCAGCAGCAGCCGCAGCAGCAGCCGCAGCCGCAACAGCCGCAGCCGCAGCCGCAGCCGCAGCCGCAGCCGCAGCCGCAGCAGCAGCAGCAGCAACAGCCUCAGCCGCAGCCGCAGCCGCAACAGCCGCAGCCGCAGCCGCAGCCUCAGCCGCAGCAACAGCAGCAGCAAACCCCUCCAAUUCCAUCGCAACCGUCGUCGGUUUCUUCCCAGCAAGUCGGAGGAGGAGGAGGAGGAGCGCCUGUGAUGGUAGCAUCUGUGCCGCAACAACAGCAGCAAGCGCCCCAGCCUCAGAUUGUGAUGCAGCAGAUUCCUCAACAGGUGCCGCAACAAACGCCCACCAGGCCCCGCAUUUCCUUGCUUCACCCAAACCCAGAUUACCAUCUGCAAACGUCGCGAUCGUUGGUCUCGACAGUGCCGGAUAGCACGGGACCACCCGCAUUUAAAAAGAUUCGAUUAAAUGAAGUCGUCGGUUCGCAGCAUCCCCCACCGGUGAUGGGUUCCGUACCACUGUCCGUUGGUAGUGCGAGCAAUGCGACGACUUUGCUGAAGGUGGAUACGCGGGAAUCGCCGGUAGUUAUGGUACCUUCGGGAGCAUACCAUCCGCAAGUGGAAGCCAUCUCGCCCACACUGCCCAGUGAUCCGAUGGAAGAGUUACGGGCCACCAAGGAUGAGCUGUUACAGCAGAUCGCCAAGGUGGACAAUGAAAUUGAUAAAGCGGAGAAGAAGAUUGCGUCACUGAAGAAGAAGCAGGAAUCCCUCGAGGAAGCAUCCGCCAAGCCGCCGAUCGAAGAAAGCUCCUCGGAGGCACAGCCUAAGCACCGUAACCUAGCGCAGAAAAUUUAUGCGGAAAAUCGCAAACGUGCCUCCGCAGCUCAUGCCGUCCUUACUACGCUCUGUUCGCUCGGAGCCGACCCACUCCCGUUGUACAAUCAGCCGUCGGAUGCGGAGGUGUGCCGAGAGGUGCAGGAACGUCAUCGGAUGUUCAAGCAGCGACUGCUAUUGCACUUCCGGAAGAUCAAAACGGAGCGUGCGGCGAAACAGUGCGAGAUAACGGAACGUUACGCCCGGUUAUCGCAGGAAUGGACCAAGCGCGUCGAUAAGCUGGAUGCGAGCGCCAAACGUAAGGCAAAGGAGGCCAAGAAUCGCGAGUUCUUCGAAAAGGUUUUCCCGGAGCUUCGAAAGCAGCGGGAAGAUAAGGAGCGAUUUAAUCGUGUAGGUUCUAGAAUAAAAUCCGAAGCCGACCUUGAAGAGAUCAUGGAUGGUCUUCAAGAACAGGCCAUGGAGGAUAAGAAAAUGCGCUCAUAUGCUGUGAUUCCACCUUUAAUGUUAGACUCCAGACAAAGAAGGCUAGUGUUUAAUAAUGAAAAUGGAGCGCUGAUAGACAUGGAAACGGAGUUUAAGGAGCGGUUAAGUUUGAACGUGUGGACAUCGGGAGAGAAAGAAAUUUUCCGGGAAAAGUUUUUGCAGCAUUCGAAAAAUUUUGGCACAAUUGCAGCCAGUCUGGACAGGAAAAGUACGCAGGAUUGUGUGCGAUAUUACUACCUCAGUAAGAAGACGGAAAAUUAUAAACAGUUGUUAAGAAAGUCCCGACAGCGAACAAGAAGCUCUAGAAACCCUCAAAAAUCCAACCAGCAGCAAACACAAUCAAUUGUGGAUGCAAUGACUACUGGUGUUACGACAAGACUACAACGUGAACAACAACAAAAGACUGUAGGCCGUGAUCGCGCCGCGAAUUCAACAAAUAGUACGAUAGGAAGUAAUGCGACAUCUAAUGUUGUCAAUGUCACUACAAAUCCGUCAUCAAAUACCGUGCCCGCCAGCAAUAAUAAUAAUGGCUGCAGCGGCAACAAUAUCCCCAGCAGCAGUAGUAAUAAUAGUGUUACUAAUAAUACUAACGCGAUCAACGAUGCCACUGGCACGGGUAACAACGGCAGCAUUAGUGGUAGUUGCAAUACCAACUCUUCGUCCCUAUCAUCUCCCAGCGGCUACGGCGUGUCUGUGUCGGUUGCCGCCUCUACCGUAACGUCUGCUGGUGGUAACAGUAGCAACAACGCCAACAGCAGCAGUAAUGCUACUAACAGCAGUAACAGUAAUACCACCACCACUAUGGGCAGCGCAAAUGAAUCAAACGCCAACAGCAAUGGAGCUACGGCUAGCAACAAUACCAGUGCUACAGCUGGUGGCGAUUCGGCAGACAUUUCGUCCAAGACCAAUGAAAACGAAUUGAGCGUCUCUACGGGAACGAUGCAUACGACGACGACAGCAGGAGCGUCUGCUGCAGUGACAACGGUGACGAAUUUAGCUUCCUGCGUGGAAGGAUUGAUGGGCAGUGAUACAGGAGUUGAUGCACUAUCAUCGAAAUCCUCGACCAGCGCUAAAGUUGUUAGCGGGACGGGAAUCACUUCCACUUCAACUGCAUCUGGGAAGAUCGAACCAACAGCAGCAGCGCAACCGCCAGUUGUUGCAGGCGCGACGAACGCUUCCUCCGUGGAAAAUAGUAUUGGCGUUUCGUAUGUUAUACCAGCCGCUACAAUGGCGUUGUCUAACAUUCCGAUAAAUGGUGUGAAACCCGAUUUGUUAUCGUUGAGUUCUAGCACGAACCAAUCUUUACCAUCGACGGUGGAACUAACGCUCGGGUCGGUGGUAGCGAGUGUCGUAAGUAGCAAGCUUGGCAGUGCUAAAGACGACAUUCAACACCUCAAGGAAGAAAUUAACGCAAGUGACUCAUUGAACAAACGUAAAGAUGAAAAUAUCAACGAAUCAGGCAUUUCGGACAUCCCGGAAGACAAAACAAACGUUACAGGUGCGCUACACACGUGUUUCAUCUGCAAAACAGAGUUAUGUUCACGUACUCGACCCAUCGAGCGAAGUCGCGCCGCGCAGUACGGCAUACCGGAGGCAGAGAUACCUGCCGGGGCGAGAAUCUGCAAUAGCUGUCAAUGUAAAUCGGUCAAAUCGCGCUACACUCACUGUCCGCUUCCGACCUGCCCGAACCCGAAAGAUCGUGUGAAGCGUUUCCGCAACCUUCCGCCACGGUUGUUCGAGCUGGCCCCCGAAAUACGUGACCCGAUCGUGCAAGAGCUUCAAAUACCACCGAAUGUGAGCAAAUGCUGUUCGGCAUGUUUAACGCGCAUUCGGCGCAAGAUGGGGCCCCAUCUGCUGGGUAGCACCGUACUCACCGAGGACGAGGUUAACCGGUUGAAAAAAUUAUUGCAAGAAUAUGGCCCGAAAUGGAACCAGUUUGCGGAGACGCUGUCGAAGCCUGCCCUUGCUCACAAAAACUUCUACUUUUACUAUCAGAAAAAGUAUGGGCUUGAUGUAGCAUUGAACGAAUACUACAAGCUGCAUCCCAGCGAGGAUAGUCGUCCGGCCAUGACGGAUGGGGACGAGUCGGACCUGAGUGCUGGAUCGUCGUCUUCGGAUGAGCGGGACGGUGACAGUGACACGACAGCGUCGGCCGAAAGUCCAACCAGCGGCAAUGCAGGCGGUGGAACGGGCGUUUCGCUCGGCAAUGUGACGGUGGGGACGAAGGGCAACGCUAAUGACGGUACCUCCCUCUCGGAAGGUGCGACUACAACGAAGCUAGACGAGGGUGGCAUAAUUAUGCUAGGUGGUGGUGGAGGGAGCAGCGUAUCAUCCGGCGUUAUUGGCAAUAGUAGUAGCGCGGGCAACAGCGCCGGUGGUAGUGGCAGCGAGGUGACAAUUUCUCUUGCACCUCCACCGAAAACAACGGCGACGACGAUUACUGGUUCCUCUUCUUCGACGUCUUCGGGAGGUAGUGGCGUGGCGUACGAGGAUGAGCGCUUGCUUCCGCCCGGUCAACCUCAACCGAGGAAACCAUUACGACACACAGAAGAGUAUGAUAGUUCUGCGACAGAAACAGCAGACGAAGAGAAUGAAUCGUCUCCGGCGAACAGACAGAGCCCUAAAGUUUCUCUUCCACAUCCUCCCAUACCGCAUGCACACUACCCACCUCCAUUGCAUCAUAGCUCGGGAAUUGCGAUGCUGCACAACUCCAUCAACAGCGCUCAGCAGCAAUCGAAUGGUCCACGAACCAAUGCCAUCGGAGGCGGUGGUGGUGGUGGUGGUGGUGGUGGUGGUGCUGGUAGUGACCUCAGCUCGGCACUGAAUGUACGGGACGUGGUGUUAAACGUGAUUGAGAGAUCGCUAAAGAAUAAUUCCUUGACGGCAACUGGUAAGCCGCCUCCCCCAGGGUUACGUGACCUGCAGUUUGGGAGCGGUGGUGCUCCUCCUGUUUCCGCUGGACAGCAGCAACUUCAACUUGGCGGCGGCGUACCUGGCUCGGCUUCAUCCGUGUCUUCAUCGGGAACAAACGCUUCGUCUACAGCGUCAUCGAUGAUGAGAGAUUAUCGCGAUGGGCCGAAGGUGGUGCUUGCCUCAGCGCCAGGCGUUGCUCAGUCGAUUGCUGGUGUAGGAGGUUCGACCGUAUCGUCGUCCCAGUCUGCGCAGCAACCGAAUCAGCUUUCGAUGCCAGUGUCUAGCUUAGGUAUUACGGUGGUAAACUCUCAUGGACAAAUAAUUGCAUCGCCAGGAGGGCAACAGCAGCAGCAUUCAUCCCUGCCGCCCCCGCUCGUCGGUGGUCAUGUACAGUUAAGUCAUCAUCAUGCACUGGGUGGUCAAAUACCAGCUACUAUCACACCCAUUCCACAUUCUAUGCAUCUUGGAGCAUCGUCCAAUUUGAACUCCUCGGUCGUGCGUACGCCGAACGAUGAACCGCAGACGUUGGAUCUCAGCAUUAAAAAAACGCCCCGUACGGAGGCCAUGGCUGUUGCGUCCUCGGCGGCAACAAAGCUAGUGGAGGUUGUUGGCAACAGCAACAGUGGAGGUGGAAGCUUUCCGCCACCCCCGGCACACAGCCACAGCAAUAGCAACCACCAUCUCGGUGGUGGUCCCUCGGGCGGAAGCAACGGCACCGGGUCCAACAGUGGAAAUAACAAUAAUGUUAACAGUAAGUUCCAUCUUGGUCAUCCGGGACCACCAAACUCGCACGGUGCAUCGGUGACGGUAUAUCGAACAGAUGGUGCGUUUUCCGGACCGAACAUUCCAUCGUCGUCCACUGUUGUGGGAAUUGUAGGAGGGGGCGGGCCGUACGUGAGCUACCAUCCGCCCGGGUCGGGUGCGCCUUCCGAUGCCAUGGGUCGACCGUUAACGAAAUCGCCAUCAGGUACCGGGGCCACGUACCUCAGCAUACCCCCGCUUGGCGCCGGUCCGGGGCAGAGCAGUGGAGGAAUACCGAUGCAGGUACCAUCCGGCCCAGGACGUCAGUCAACGUUGUCCUCGCUUACGCCGCCUCCACCACUGUCUGGUAGUGGAGGACCGAAGGGAAAGAACACUCCCAAGCUAAGUCCCAAGAUGGCGGGCAGUGGAUCGGUCAGCGGGGUACCGAAAGGAGGUUCUAUUACGCAUGGCACGCCCGUACAGCAACAACAGCAACAGCAGCAGCAGCAGCAACAACAACAGCAGCAGCAGCAGCAGCAAACCCAGUUAAUCAUUCAAGGUCAGUCGGCCUCUACGGCAACAUUAAGCCCGCGGUACGAAAAUCAUCUUCUGCGCCAAACGCCACCAUCAUCAUCGGUAGCUGCCGGUGGACGACCGGGUGCAUCUUCGUCGCCUGUUAUAAUGAGUGACAAAUUCAUCGGCUCCAUAACGCAAGGCACUCCUGUGCAUGGGGGCAGUGGAGGACUGUUACCGGACAAGCGCUCCAACUCGUCCGCAUACGACUACAAGCGCCAGAGUCCGGCCCAGACGAUAGUAGUGCCUGGUGGUCAUGCUCUACCCAUUCAGUUUAGUCCUUACGGGGCGGGAGUGCGUGGCGUUGGCGGAGGCAAUGGCAAUGGAGCUCCAGGUGUGGCAGCGUACUCGUCGCUUGAACCAACUUCUCAGCAGCUCAGCUCGAGGCAAAUCAUUAUGAAUGACUACAUAACGUCACAGCAGAUGCAGGGCCGAGCUGCGGGAGCUGGUGGCAGUGGACCGGUCGGUUCUUCUGGCGUUGUACCUUUGGUUGUGAACUCAGCUGCCGGCGGACGCUCCGGAAAAGAAUCUCCUUUGCCACGGAGCAGCACGGUAGGCGGUCCUACUCCACUGUCGAUGCCGCCGGGAUCAAUUUACGGACUUGUGGGAAGCAACGUGGUUGGUGCGUCCCCGUUGGGUAUUGUCAGUAGCCGGCAAGCGCAGAACGACUAUCUUAGUCGUACGUCACCAGCUGCAGAUCAUGUGAACAGAAUCUCACCGGUGUAUAGUAAUACGUCUAGUCCACAUCGAACUCCACCACCGCCACAGCGGCAAGGCGUUAUACAGCGUCAUAAUACUAGCAGCAACAGUGCGAGCAGUAGCGGACCGGGCAAUGGAGGUAGUAACAGUGGCAAUACAGGCAGUGUAGCGAUGGUCGUCGGGGGAGGUAGUGCCUCUUCCAAACCGCCAAGUCCAGCGCCUCGCUAUCACUUGCCAACACCGCUGCCGCCUCAUCACUAUCUUCAAGAUGCAUUUACUUCGUUCGUCGAUUUAGCAGUGCAACAGCCGCCGAUGACCGUUCCGCACAAAGACGAUGCAAAACGGUCGGUAAUCGAUCAACAGCAGCAGCAGCAGCAGCAACAACAGCCGCCGCCGCCGCCAACGCUGUCGUCGGGGUUGUCCGUUUCUUCUGCCCAUCAUCACGACAUGCGCUAUCAGCAUCCUAGCAUGAUACCUUUCCAUCAUCAGCAACAACAUCAUCAUCAGCAGCAGCAGGCCAAACAAGCCUCCCAACAACAGUUGCACCAAUCGCAUCAGCAGCAAACACAGCAACAACAAUUGCACCAGCAGCUGCACUCACAGCAGCAAUCGCAGGAUCAGCAGUCCAACAAAGGGCAGUUGCAGGAGCCAGGCAAAUUGCAGUCACUGGAACACUCGAAAGGCCAGUCACAGGCACAUUCGCAGCACCAAACGCAAUCCCAAGCUCAUCAGCAGUUCCAAAAUCAGCCACCACAAUCGCCACAACCGCCGCCGCCGCCGCAUUCGCAACAUCAGCAAGCGAAACAGUCUCAGCCACCGUCGUCGUCCAUGGGAUCGCAACAGAAUCCGCAACCACAGCAGCAUCAUCCAGCGCAACAGCAGCAGGAAAAUCCAGACAGUGAGCAGGAACACCAGAAGCAACAACAGCAGCAGCAGCAGCACCAGAAGCAACAGCAGCAGCAGCAGCUGCAGCAUCAUUUGCAUCAACAGCAACAAGCGGCAGCAGCAGCAGCUGUCGCCCAUCUCACAUUGCGACAACAGCAGGUUGACAUGCAGCGUCGACAUCAGCAGCAAUCUCCGAUGCAACCUUCGUUGCAACAGCUGGGGCCUAUUCCGUCGUAUCAACGGGAUCCUCAUGCGGAGCAGCGGGAUCGUCGCGAUGAGCUAAACUUCCGAGAGCGCGUUGAACUAGAGCGCUCGAUUAUGGUGGAAAGGGCAGAACGCGAGCGGGAUCGGGAGCGUGAUCAUCGUGACCGUGAGCGAGAGCGCGAACGUGACCGUGAACGAGAGCGGGAACGUGAUCGUGAUCGCGAGCGGGAACGCGAACGUGAACGCGAGCGGGAGCGCGAACGUGAGCGUGAUCAUCGCGAGAGACGUGAGCUGGAACGUGAACAGCAGGCACGCGAUCAGCUGCAUCGCGAUCGCGAGCGUCUCGAUCGGCAUCAGGAGGCAGAGGAGCGCCGAAGAAAGCAACACUACGAAGGGUUUUUACCAGAUCGACGAGACAGAGCGAUCGAAUUGAUGGGCGCUCGCACUACCUCGGAUGGGUCACUCACAGCAGCCAAUUUGAUUGAUGCUAUCAUUACACAUCAGAUCAGCCAAACCGCGGUCGAACCACCCCCAAUGCAGUCGAUACGGGAUUCUCACAGGACACCAUACCGUUCCAUGGCUAUGCAGCAGGUGAUAAGUGAGAUUAAUGGCAGUAAAUCCCAUUCGCCGAACGUAAUAAACGUCGAUUUGGAUUCGGACAGCGUGCAUCCGCACCACAGACGAGGAGAUGGAAGUGGAAUGAGUGGAAACAAUCUCAGUGGCGUGAAAAACAUCACGCUCGGCGAGCUGACGGAAUCGAUCAUAGCGAAGGAUUACUCACCGAACCCGAACCCAUAUCUGUCGCUGCGGCCACCAAUGAUACCGUACGGUGCGGCAUCGGCAGGCACUGCCGGUGCGGAAGCGAUUCUGGCAGCCGAUCACUGGAAGCAUCGGCGGCCCGCAUCGGUGGCAACAACAUCAGGCAAGGAGGAACAAAUGCAACAACAACGUGUACAUGAAACGCCGAAAGGUCCUGGCCGAGUGACGCCGGAAGAUCGCCACAUCAUACGAUUGGCACAAUCGCCUGGACCAAGAAAUAAAUUCCACGAAUCCGUUUCACCCGACGCACAACAAUUCUUCCAUCCGGGUGCACAACAUUUGGGUCGUGGUGUUGCUGGAGCGGGAGGUGGAGGUGGAGGUGGAGGAGGAGGCCCUCAUGCCGGUGCUGCCGGAGGGCGGGAUAACUUUGUGUUAGAUUUUUACGUAAAAAAUCGUAUCGUCGAAGCAAUGCGCACUGAGGACGAGAAGCGAGCCUCGUCGGACGCGUCGAUGGUUGUAGUGGUUGAUGGCAGCAGUGGUGGUGGUGGAGCUGGAGGUGGAGGCGGCAGUGGAAAUCGAAAUGUCGAUCGUCAGCAAUCUUCUCCCCGCAGUUUUCAAAACCUCUCCCCACAUCCGGCAUCCGCUCACCAUCACGUGAAGGAGAUGGGUUUGAUUGAUCGUAGUGGCACUCCUGCCUCGGGAGGAAGCGAUGUUGGGCAGCAGCAGCAGCAACAAUCGCACCAUUCGUCGAUGGAAGAGCAAAAACAGUCUCAGCAGUACCCGCAACAUUCGGCACCCUCGUCCUUGCUGUCCUCCACAUCCGGCUCGACUACCACGAGUCCGGCAAUUGUCCACAGCACGUACCAUCAGCAACCGAUCACGACCUUCACAACCCCACCAACGUACGCGUAUCCGUUCAGUGCCCUUACGGUCGCCAGUGGGGCUCCACCACCAACUACUUCCUCCACCUCCGGCCAUCCUUCAUCUUCGGCCUCAUCCGCUACCACUUCCAUAGCGACGACGAUGAUGGGAGCCGCCGGAGGCAGUGGCAGUAGCAGCGUUGGCGGCAUGAAAUCCAUCAACACCGCCGGGAUGAUCCUUGCCGGCAGCAGUCCCGGCGUUGGCGGUCCUAAUAGCGCGAUCGGAUUGAACAGUGCGGCCGGUGGUAACGGUCCCGGUGGUGCCGGUGGUGUGCUGACUGACGAUCGUCACGGCGGUGCACCUGCCAUGGAACCGAAACCACUGCUGUCUGCUCAGUACGAAGCACUCAGCGAUGAAGAUUAAGGGUGGUGAACUAUGAUGCGCGGAAUGCGGGCGGGGAAGGAUUGUCUCUCGGUUGGUCGGUCCGGGGUCCCCGUACAGUUAAUGUGUAUUAUGCAUCAGUUUUUUUCUUUGUUUUUUGUGCACUCGGAAGGUAAUUGGCAUUCCGGUGAUGGCUAGGAGUCAACUGAAACAUUCAUUCGACUUGUUGGUGGUGGAUUCUUAUCCGUUAACGGUGUUGGGUUGUGGUGGUGUGGGUCAGCUUUUGCAUGUCACACCACUGCGGUAAGAUGCGAAAAAGUCUGAGCGCUUCUCUUGAAACACUGAACAAUUGUGCUUACAAUGACGCGUGUUUGGUGCGCGAAGAAAUGAUGCGUGCAAACAAGACAACUCUGGAUGUGACGACGCUGAAAACGACGGAGGGCGAACGAAUUUUACCUGCAUAUGCCACAGAAAACAAACACACACACACACACCACAAUAUAACAAACAAACAAAACAAAACAAACCAACACACAAUAUUAAACCACACUUCAUAUGCGCCAUACAUUAGACAAACGAGAAAGCAAUAAUCGCAGUUUAAAAGUCAUAAGAAGAAAAAAACCCACACUUGAACGCGCGAGACAGGGAAAAAGAGAGAGAGAGCGAGAGAGCGAGCAUAUGUAGUAGAUUGAUCGGGUGCCCGUGAAGCUUAAGGAAUGACAACAACUACCUUUUUUUAAAUUUUAUUAGUACUACUUACACUACCGAGGAGCAGCAGGAAUAUGUGGUUUUGUUUUACUACUAUUGGGUAUAGUAUUCGAUAAUACCGGGCUUUUCAGUUGAAAGCAUUGUAGAAGCAUCCAUUCUUUUCGUCGGCUCCUUAGAUGAAAUGGUAAACAAUGCUAGUUGGCAUGGGAACGGCUUGAGAUGAUAGGGAAAAGGAAGUUGAUUCCCCUGUCUUCUGAAGCCGUUCCCAUGCCAACUAGAAUGGAUGCUUCUACAGCGUCAACUGAAAAGCCCUGUAAUCCGUCUUUGUCAAACGUAUAUUUUACAUGAUUUUAUAACGUUUAAAAAUGACUAUUAAAAAAAUAAUUCAAAAGCAAACGCCGCCACAAUUUGUUUUUUCAUUAAACACAUCUUUACGAAAACAUUUUGCAUGAUUGAAUGUUUCGUUCGUGACUCUUUUAUGGAUUGUGUAUCGAUCGACGAAGCUCUUCCUCGUUUGUUUCUUUUUAAUAUUCCUGGGGUGAAAAUCUUAAAAAGGGAAACCAGAUAUGAAAUUAGAGGUGGAAUUGAUGUGGAAAGAUAUAUAGAGAUCAAUUCCAAGUUGAUAGAUGCUUGUACACACAAACUACCACAUACCUUCAAACACACACUCACACAGACACAGACACAGUUCCGAAAAAAACAAGCUAAAGCAGCUGUUGAUAGUAUAAAAGCAACAUUAUUAAGCCGUACGAGGCACAGAAUAAAAGGAUGAGCUGUGGUUGGGUGGCGAAGAGAUAAGAUGAAAUAAGCCACCAUGCGCCCCCCCAUGCGACAUUAUUCGGUAACCGCUUGUUGCUUCCCUGCUGCGCUGCGCAAGGACGACGGGGGUGAGAUGCGUGUGUGUAAAAUAAAGGAAGGACUGCCGUUUUUUUUUUUAUAACUGUGAAUAUGGCUUGAUCAUGUGUUUGAAUUACGUUGCUGCAAAGAUCGCAACCACGACCAUACACUGGACCUUAGACGACGACGGCGGCGACGACGACUGCCCUUCUUGAUGAUUGAAUGUGUACAUUUGUGUGUGUCUUGUUUGGGUUUUGGUUUGUGAAGCGAAUAUUAUCGGUAUACGGAUAUGGAUGGAUGAUAAGCAAACAUGAAAAGAAAGGGGCGAAUAUGUGAAGUGAAGCUGAAGAUGAUACUAAUGGAUUAGUAGUAGAAGACGUUGGAGUAGCAAGCAGCAGCUAACUGUUGUUGGCAAGGACAUUACUCAAGCAGACGAAGAACAACAGCCAACCAGCCCUCACACUAUGUACAGCAAUGAGACAGAAAGGACAGAAGAAUGAUGAAACCUACAUACAAAAGAGAGAUAGAGAGAGGAGAGAGAGAGAGAGAGAGAAAAUAUGCAAACAAUACAAAUACGCUGCAGAUGAGCGUUAGGAACGGCAAUCUUUGUUUUUCUGUUAAUCCUAUUUUUUCUUCCUUUAAUGUUUCUUAGUUUACGGCAUUAUAAUGUAUAAUCGAUUUUGUUCAUUUUAUUUUUCCAGCGAGUAAUUUAUCGGUUACGAAAAAUGAUUAGAAUAUGCAUUAAAUACAGAGAAAAGCACGAGAAGGACGAGGGGGAGAGAGGGGAGGGGGGGGGGAGUAAAGUAUAUUGCAAAUUUAUAUGUAAGAAAAAUACAACACACACACACACACACACACACGAAUAGCAUCUGAGUGAAUGCUACUAAAUCGAUGAUAAAAAGUUGUAAUAGGAAGAAGAAACAAAAACAUAAUAGGAAACCAUACAAAAGCUACUGCUACUGCACGGAACACAAGCGUGGAGACAAGAUAAUACAAAGCAGUCUUCUUGUAACUUGUAGAUGAUCAAGGCGAUGAUGAUGAUGAUGAUGAUGAUGCAGUGGAUAUAUGAGACGAACUGAGGAAGGAAGAGCGAGAGAAGAAGCAGCAACAAAUGCAAACCGAUAUGAUAUGAAUAUAAGACCGAGUAGAUAGUGAGAUAACACGUAACUAAAAGUAAACAAACAAAGAAGUAAAGAAAAUAAACUGAAAAUGUACAUGAAGUUAA